CCCUCUGAGCUUUCACUGGGAGCUGCGAUCCUGAGCUGUUCCUAGCCGGCCAUCUUCCCCAGGUCUCUCGGCACUUCUAUUUCUGUUUCUUUAAAGACAAACGGUAUUUUUUUGUGUGGCUCCGCCCAGUCUGAGUUUCCUGACUCAGAGGUUUUGGUGGGGGUGUAGAUACCUUUGCCUCACAGUAAAAGCAAAAGCAACAACUCAAGCAGCCUCCUUGGAGAAAAUCAGAGAACUCAACUUACUCAAGAGAAGGUCUUGUACGUGCCUAAGCUACAGAGCCUCUUGACGUGAGCAUGGCUGAGAGUGAGGACCGCUCUCUGAGGAUCGUUCUGGUAGGGAAAACUGGAAGUGGGAAAAGUGGGACAGCCAACACCAUCCUUGGAAAGAAAAUUUUUGAGUCUAAAAUUGCUGCCCAAGCUGUUACCAAGACCUGUCAAAAAGCAUCCCGGACCUGGCAGGGGAGAAACCUUCUUGUUGUUGACACUCCAGGGCUCUUUGACACCAAGGAGACCCUGAACCACACUUGCAGGGAAAUCAGCCGCUGCGUCCUCGCCUCCUGCCCAGGGCCCCAUGCUAUUGUCCUGGUUCUGCAGCUAGGUCGCUACACUGAGGAAGAGCAGAAAACCGUUGCAUUGAUUAAGGCUGUCUUUGGGAAGCUAGCCAUGAAGCACAUGGUCAUCUUGUUCACUCGCAAAGAAGAGCUGGAGGGCCAGAGUCUGGAUGGCUUCAUAGGAGAUGCGGAUGUGAACCUAAAAAGCAUUUUAAAUGAGUGCGGGAACCGCUGCUGUGCCUUUAGCAACAGCAGCCAAACAAGUGAGGCAGAGAAGGAAGCUCAGGUGAGGGAGCUGGUGGAGCUGGUAGAGGAAAUGGUGCAGUGCAACAAAGGGGCUUACUUUUCUGACGCCAUAUACAAGGACACAGAGGAAAGGCUGAAACAACGGGAAGAGGUUUUGAGGAAAAUCUACACUGACCAAUUAAACGAGGAAAUUAAACUAGUAGAAAAGGAAUAUGAGCAUAAAUCAAAGGAAGAAAAGGAGGAAAAAAUAAAAUCGCUAAAAAUGAAAUACGAUGAAAGAAUUAAAAAUAUAAGGGAAGAAGCUGAGAAAAAUGUAUUUACAGAUGUUUUAAAUAAGAUUUGCAAGAUGCUUUCAAAAAUAUGGCAUACCUUUUGGCAUUAAUAUAAAUGUUAUUCUUUCUUCUUAAUUUACUAUGAUUCGCUAAUGUGAUGAAUCGUAUUUUCCAAAUAUAGUUACAAAAAUACCUCCCUCUCCUUAGCUUUAUUAAGGUUUUAUUGACAAAUAAAAAUUGAGUAUGUUUAGGGUGUAUAAUAUGAUGUUUUAAUAUAUGUAUAUGUACAUUGUGAAAGAAUUAAAUCAAGGUGAUUAACACAUCUA